AUGGCGCGCCCCAAUAUCCUUCGAGCAGACACUCUCGACCUGCAAGACCAACACAGCCCAACCGCCGCCGAACACACCAAACAUCCCGCCCAAGACGCCAACGCACCACACCUGGCUGCCUCGGUCCAACACGUUCUCGACGAGCGGCAUUCGGAAGAAAAGAACCUACAAGACGCGUGGGAUAUAUCCGCCAACCUGGACGACCAACCGAAAACGAGCGAUGCGGCCGACGCCAACGACGCGAAGGAACGCGUCCAGGAUAAUGGCCAACAUGGGGAGGAUGGCGCCGCCGGGGAGGGCGAGGGCGAGGGCGACGACGACAUGAUGGACAGGAUAUCGAGCUCGCCGAGCAUCGAAGAUGCAGAAGAUAUCGAUUUCGAGUUCGUGUAUGCCCUGCAUACUUUCGUCGCCACCGUUGAAGGCCAGGCAAAUGCUACGAAAGGCGACACGAUGGUGUUGUUGGACGAUAGCAACAGCUACUGGUGGCUCGUCAGAGUAGUCAAGGAUAGUAGUAUCGGCUACCUACCUGCCGAGCACAUCGAGACGCCCACAGAACGACUUGCGCGAUUGAACAAGCACCGAAACAUUGAUCUGUCCGCAACAAUGCUCAGUGACAAUUCGGAAAAGUCGAGAAACCCCCUGAAGAAGGCGAUGCGAAGAAGAAACGCAAAGACGGUGCAGUUCGCAGCUCCGACUUAUGUGGAAGCAUCCGAUUACGAGUACUCCACCGAGGACGAGGACAACAUGAUCGAGCCCGCAUAUGGCAACGCACAGCAAGGCGAAGACACUGCGCAAGAAGAGGCCGACGCAGAGGCAGAAAAGGCGAAAAAGGCCGAACUUGAACAUCCCGAAGCUGAAAGACGAUCAAGCACCGGCUCUAACCGCGCUUCCUUCGAUCGUGAACAGGCCGCGACGGCACAGCAGGCGUUGGCAGAGGCGGGCGUGACAGAUGGUGUUCACGGUCCCAAGACGGGUGAGUUGUCACAACAACAACAUGGCAUUGAUGCACUCAGUAUACCAAUGGUUGCCACAGAAGCCGCGCCCCUCAAAUCUUCGAAGCGAUCUCGGAACACCGAUUCAUUCCUCAAGGACGACAAACUCGACACCGUCCGCAUCACCCUCACUCCCGGCCUGCUGCGCGAAGAGCAAGCCAGAGACGGCAAAUCACCUUCCAUCGAAAUGGCGCGCAGUAGCAGCUUCGAAGAGGCGAAGCCCACGAGUUCAGCAUCAGAUUCAGCUGCUGCGAAGAAGGACGAGAGGAAGAAGAAGGAAGACAAGCCCAAAAAGAGCGGCGGCAUGUUGAGUGGGCUGUUCAAGAGCAAGAAAAAGGACAAGAAGAUGAAAGAGAGUGCCAACGACGCCGACUCAGAGAAGGGCUCUACGGAGUUGCAGCGCGAAGGAUCCCAGAGGUCGAUUUCAGGUCUCAGCGGCAAGCUUUCACCCUCGCCUGCGGACAAGAACGUCGCCUCUCCUCUGGUUGCACCUGCGCUCGAUCAUCAUGAGCAGGACCCGAUCUCCCCACAAGCACCACAAGACAUAGGUCCGGCAUCGUUCGUGGCGGAGCUGGAAGGCUCAAAUGUCGCGUACGAGAUGGCCAGCAAUAGUCCCGAGAACGACGUCAAGCCGUUGCAACAAGUCAGCAGUAGCGAUGAGCCCGAAGAACGAGCAGCGCAGUCUCCGCCACCAUCGGAAAAGGCGAGUGGCAUCAGCAAACCCCUGGCCCGUGUUCAGAACUCUGUUGCUCCCUUCACGAACAUGCUACUUGGUGACAAGGAAGGUAAGCCCACGAAAGCCAAAAAGUCUAAGCAGCGGGUGGAACUGGACGACUUUGACUCACCCGUCGAUGAUCCUACCAACCCGUUUGAAGAUCAAGACAACGUGCAAGAAGGAGAUCGGCUGUCGGAAAGUCCGGUGGAAGCAUCCAAUCACACCUUUAUGCACGGGACGGAAUCCAUACAUAUACCAGAUGUCUAUCGCGAGGAGGACGCGGAAGAGGGCAACGAUGAAGUGGAAGGCCCGAGAAGUCUCACCAGCUCUCCUAGCUUGAUCAACCAGCAUGCUGAACCGAGUGGACACGACUCGGAUACGUCUGAAGAUGGAGACAAUGACGACGACGACGACGAGUCAACGCCUACAGCGCGCUCACCAUUGCCUAUGGCGCCACAAGAGAAAGCUGCCAUGGCUGCGCGAGACGCCGCGCUGGGAAAACACAACUCCUCCAAGUCUUCAUUCUCGCAGCGCUCGCCCGCGAGCUCGAGACCUUCGCCUACAAUCUCUCAGCAGUCCUGGUCCGAUGACAGUCUGAAGGCCUGGAUGGAAGAUAGCAGUGAAGUGCGAGAUAUGCUGGUGAUGAUCAACGACACGACAGGAGUCACACCUGUGGCGGCUGAUCACCCAAUGAUGGCUGAUCUCUUCGUGCAAGAGAAGAAGGACGUGCAGGAUAUGAUGGGGCAAUUGGAUGGUCUCUUAGAGGGAUAUCUGCGGAGGAAGGGCGUACAGUUUUGA